AUGAAUCGUGCAUUCUCUACCAUCAACACUGUUUUGAAGGCCAUGUCGAACCCCUCUUUGAAAGAUUUCUCAACAUGCGAGAUAUCUGACGCCUUGAUCAAACUCUCUGUCCCCCACGGAGGCCAUAUCCCUGACAUCCAUAUGACCUGCCCGAGCCCAGACGUUAAAUUAUGCAGCCCAGCAUACACUGUCCAAAUGGUGCUAGCAUCAAACACAACCGCUCCAAAGCUUACUGCCCACUUUGUUGACACUGCUCCUGCAGGCUCAGUCAUCGUCAUCGAUGCACCUCCCGAGGCUAAAAGUGCAGUGUGGGGAGGGCUCAUGACUGCAGGUGCGCAAGCGCGUGGUGUAACUGGCGUCGUUAUAUCUGGUCGCUGCAGAGACCUUGCAGAGCACAGAGCACUCGGUUUUCCAGUUUUCUCUCGCGGACAUUCAACUCUUGGACAAUCCCCAUUCACGAGACCAUCUGCCAUAAACAUCGAGUUAACCAUAACCCCUCAAGGCCCAGGUGCAGACAGCUUCCCUGCUGUUACUAUUCAACCCGGUGACUGGAUUGUUGCCGAUGAGGAUGGCAUUGUAUGUGUUCCACGAGAUCUUGAAGCUCAGGUGGUCGAUUUGGCCUUCAAAGGGAGGGAAAUCGACGCUCGCUGUAUGGAAGAUAUCAAGGCAGGAAAAGGUAUCCAGCAGUCUUUCAAGCAGCACAGAGGGAAAUGA